UCCAACAUCCUCUCUGCGAAGGCACUGCCCCCCCCCCAUUUCAAAACCUCCAGACCUCAAAUCCUCUCCAUGUGCGUUUUAACGGCUUUUCCAUUGAACAGGAAGCGGCCAGGCUGAGAGGGGCUGAAGGGGACAUCGAGUUAUCCGCGUGGAGGCUGUUCGUGCUGAAGUUCCCCCUCUGUCCGGUGCUUCGGUGGAGCAGGACCAUUGCUUGGUGUAGCUGUAUCGGGGAGAAGGCUCGGGAGGAGGAGAAACUGCGGGAGAAGAUGACUGAGAAAGAAACGGCGGCGGAGAAGAUAUUAACAGAAGAAAUGGCUAAUCCGUCUCCAGCUAAGAGCAUGGGGGACCCUGGAAUCACCCCCCUGUCUCCCUCACACACUCAGCAGAACGACACGGACCAGGUUCCGUCGGGCCCCUCCUUCGUGGUGGUGGUAGCCAUUGACUUUGGCACCACGUCCAGCGGUUAUGCUUACGCCUUCACUAAGGAGCCGGAGUGCAUUCACACCAUGAGGCGUUGGGAAGGCGGGGACCCUGGUGUGUCCAAUCAGAAGACUCCAACCACCAUCCUGCUGACUCCAGACAGGAAGUUCCACAGCUUUGGUUAUGCUGCCCGUGACUUCUACCAUGACCUGGACCCCAGCGAGUCCAAACAGUGGCUCUAUCUGGAAAAAUUCAAAAUGAAGCUCCACACCACUGCAAAUCUGUCCAUAGAGACAGACCUCCACGCAGCCAAUGGGAAGCGAGUGAAAGCUAUUGAUAUCUUUGCAUAUGCAUUGGCCUUCUUUAAGGAGCAAGCAAUUAAGGAGCUGAGUGAUCAGACAGGUGGAGAGUUUGACAACAAUGAUGUGAGAUGGGUCAUUACUGUUCCUGCCAUCUGGAAAAUGCCUGCAAAGCAGUUCAUGAGAGAGGCUGCAUAUAAGUCUGGUCUGGUUAGCCGUGAGAACCCUGAGCAGCUGAUCAUCGCCUUGGAACCCGAGGCAGCAUCCAUCUAUUGCCGCAAGCUCCGCCUCCACCAGAUGGUGGACCUGGGCACCAACACCACCCAGAACGGCUGCAGCCCCACUGAGAAUGUGGGGGGCGCAAUAACCCAAGUUUCUCCAGGUCAUGCAGCGAAGGAGCAUGUGCGGCGCAACCGGCAGAGCCGCACCUUUAUGGUGGAGAAUGUCAUAGGGGAGCUCUGGGCGGAGCUGGAAGAAGGAGACCGUUACGUGGUGGUGGACUGUGGAGGAGGAACCGUGGACCUGACUGUCCAUCAGAUCCGUCUCCCAGAGGGACAUCUGAAGGAGCUCUAUAAGGCCUCAGGCGGUCCCUAUGGCUCCAUUGGCAUUGAUUAUGAAUUUGAGAAGCUGCUGUGUAAGAUCUUUGGCCAGGAUUUCAUCGACCAAUUUAAGAUCAAGAGACCAGCAGCCUGGGUGGACCUGAUGAUCGCGUUUGAGUCCCGGAAGAGGGCGGCGGCCCCCGAGAGAACCAACCCACUCAACAUCAACCUGCCCUUCUCCUUCAUCGACUACUACAAGAAGUUCAGGGGCCACAGCGUGGAACAUGCCCUGCGCAAAAGCAAUGUGGAUUUUGUCAAAUGGUCGUCUCAGGGGAUGCUGAGGAUGAAUCCAGACGCCAUGAACUCCCUGUUCAAGCCCACCAUAGACCACAUCAUCCAACACCUCACGGAGCUGUUUGAGAAGCCGGAGGUGAGCGACAUUAAGUUCCUGUUCCUGGUGGGGGGCUUUGCUGAGUCCCUCCUGCUGCAGCAGGCUGUCCAGGACAUGCUGCAGGGCCGCAGCCGCAUCAUCAUCCCCCAUGACGUGGGCCUCACCAUUCUGAAAGGGGCCGUGCUGUUCGGCCUGGACCCCAGCAUCAUCAAAGUGCGCCGCUCCCCCCUCACAUACGGGGUGGGCGUCCUCAACCGCUUCGUGGAGGGCAAGCACCCUCCAGAGAAGCUGCUGGUGAAGGACGGCACGCGCUGGUGCACCGACGUCCUCGACACCUUCAUCGCCGCAGACCAGUCGGUGGCACUGGGGGAGCUGGUGAAGAGGAGCUACACCCCCGCCAAGCCCUCCCAGCAGGUCAUCGUCAUCCACGUCUACUGCUCCGAGAAGGAGAAGGUGGGCUUCAUCAGCGAGCCCGGCGUAAGGAAGUGUGGGACACUUCGUCUGGAUGUGAGCGGAACAGAGAGCACGGCGCCGCGCCGCGAGAUCCAAACGCUCAUGCAGUUUGGAGACACGGAGAUCCGGGCCAUGGCCGUGGACGUGUCCACCGGACGCACCGUCAAAGCUAGCAUUGACUUCCUAAGCCAUUAAGAAGGGAACGAGAGCUCAUGUUCCCAAAUAUUUAGGAUCUGUUCAAAUAUACACACACACAUAUACACCCACACACACACACAUACAUUUAAACACAUCAACUGGGGAUGUUUAAUGGAAAGGUCAGUGAAUCUCAAGGCUGCGUCACUCAGAGGUUAAGUGUGCUUGGUAGAUGGUUUGAAUAAAAGUGUUAAAGUUGACCUUUAACCCGGGCAGGCCUUCAGCAGUAGAAUUCAUGUUACAACCAGAAAGAAAAGAGAGUGCAGUGUGUGAGCUGAGGAGCCUUAUGGUGUUCACACACUCAUAACAUACGUACCUGUGUACCCCAUGCUGAGGCUGCUCUGUGAUGAAUCAGGUUGAAGAGCUCCUCACAAGGAAGAUAAAGGCGUAUCACCUCUCAGACAUAACGUGUAACAGGACAGCUUUUGAAAUCAUCGCUCUAUACAACCCCAGAAAAACACAACAUACGGUAUAAUAUUCUACACUAUCUAGUGGAUACACAUUCAGAUUGCAUCUUCUUUGCUUCAGAUUACAGCAGAUCAAUGUAUAUCUGUAAAGGAAUAACAUGUCAUCAUGGUUUUGCAUGAUUCAGCUCUUUUGAGUAAACAUCACAUGUCACAGUGCUGCCAGUGAUUUCCAAAGCAUACUGUUUUGUUUGACCUUUCUCUCUCAUUCCUGUGUAUUGCAGUAAAUGAGAUGGAUUCACUUUAUGGUAGUGCUGUAAGCAGGUUCACUAAAGUAUAUAAACCCUCGACAAAAACAUCAGGCUGAACCAUUAGCUUAUUUAGCUUGUUCAUAUAAAGAGCUCUGUAUGACUGUAUGAAACAAAUCGUCCCUAGAUGAAGAAGGGAAAUUCAUGGGCAGCAAAACAAGCUGUUAAAACAGAAGUCAAAAGGGUUAGAAUUCACAUCCAGGAGAAUUGAAGCAACAUUAGCGUUAAUUCUGAUUUGUGUAUUUGCUUAACAUUUGUUUACAGUACGCCUUUGUGGAUAUAUUGGUUAUUUAACAGAUACACAUCUACAGCUUUGUUGUUUUUACAGCAACAUUAGGAGAACAUAUCAGUAUGUCUUUUACUAAUUGAGAGACCAGAACCAUUUGUCAGCACUGAAGUAUUACCAUAUGUACUGUAAAGGUAAAAACCCGGCCUGGUAUGACAUGGGAAGUCAAUGUAAAUCUUAUGGCUUACUUUUGACAAUCACUGGCAAUGCUUAGUAUAUCUGAAUCAGCCAAAUCAUGCAAAACCACCAGUAUGUUCCAUUAAAAUGAUCCACAGUCAAAUCUGAAUCCUAGAAUGUGAAACGUGCUGCAAGCUCAAUCUGAAUAGCAAGUACAGCCAUCAAUGCGCAUAACUGUUGCCUUUAUUUGUUUAUGCUUCUGACUAUUAGAUUAUUAUUCUGCACAAAGAUGCAGGCCAGCUGAGACAAGCAAUGGAGUGUGUUUAUUUCUGUGUAAAUACAGUAUUUAAAUAUUGUACAGAUUUUUAGCGUUUAUUCUGCAGCUUUAGAACCAUGAGUGUGUGUGUGUGUGUGUGUGUGUGUGUGUGUGUGUGUGUGUGUGUGUGUGUGUGUGUGUGUGUGUGUGUGUGUGUGUGUGUGUGUGUGUGUGUGUGUGUGUGUGCUUUCACAUCUCAAAUUGUUUUUCUCCAUAGCAUGAGAGGCGCAGCAGGUUGGAUGCUCUGUUUAAAGUGAGAGUGGAUGUGUGCUUUUUUUCGCAAACACAAAAGAAACUUGAAUACCUCCGUCCUUAAAGCAUUUCAGUCUUGAAAUGGUAGCAGAGUCUGUGUCCGGUCCCCUUUUCAUCUCACCCGCUGAACUGUAGGAUCAUAAUUAUUACAUAUUCUUUGAAGAAAUAGAAUUAAGCCAUUUCAUUUAGAAAUUGUUUCUUUGUUAAAGACUGAAGCACAGUCAGCACUAAUCCAGUGAAGAGCCACAUUUCCAGAUGAUCAUGAGGUUUACUUAUUAAAGUCUUAAGUAAAAGAGUGCCUAGUAUAUAAAUUGUGAUGUCAAGAUUGACUCACCCCAGCAGUGCAUAAACUGCAUCCCAUCAGCAUCCUUUCAUCACUCAGCUUUAUAUACUGUAUAUGUGACUUCAGAUGUAAUCCCUGAGCAUCACACUGAUUGUAAAUCUGUGAAAGGACUUUGCCACAUCGAAAAGGUUCAACAUUCACCCUAACACUUCACUUUUCCUGAUGGAAGCACCGGUUGCUGUGCGUUGUCUCUUGUAUUAAAACAGCAUUGGUAGAAAGAUGAAGCCUGGUGAUGUAGUGACAUCAUGGUUGUUGCUAGGUUUAUUCAUGGCAAAAUGCUCUAUUGGUGUUUCAUCAAUUUGAUUAAUUCGAUGCACGGAAGCUACAACAGCUUAUAUUAUAGCUUCCUCAAUUUAGGUCACCAUUGUCAAAAAAGUCUGCUACCGCAACUGUGCAAAUUCAUGUGUGAAGGUCACAGUAGGCUAAACAUCAGAGUAGCUACGUUAGCGUUAGCUUUCGUAGUUACAUUUAUUCUGUACAGAACGCUGCACCUUCUUCCUGCUGUGUUACAGUUGGACACUUCCAGUUCAUGUGUGUACCUGACCAUGAGCGUCACCACAUCCUCACACUACUCAAGAGACAAAUGUUCACAAGACUUGCACAAGUCUCUAAGCUAGUUUAUUAGCUUGGAGCUAGAAACAAAACAUCCCGUAAAGAGGCAAAGUAUCACCGUGAUAAAAACGGGAAGAAGAAUAAACCUGUGGAUGUUUCUUCGGUUUUGCUCCAGAAAAAGGCCCAGUAAUGGCUUUAUUAGUCAUUUUGACCUUUAGUGUUUCUGGGAUCUUGGUUUCCAAAUAGUACGAUCUUAAAGACAAGUUUCCCAUUUGAACUGUGAAUCAAAGCUUGUCUCGCUUUUCAUUUUCAAUGUACAAAGUCGCUCGGGAUGCUGUCCGGCUCUCUUUCUGCAUGCACGUGUCGCAUGUGUCGCAUAGGAAUGACUAAACAGCAACAAGCUACCAACAAUAAGUUGUUUGCUAUUACUUAUACACAAAAUCAAGGUUUCGGCACAGUGAUGAAGAUGAUAAAGAUGAUUAUGAUCAUGAUGAUGAAGAUUGUAGUCUUUUCUAUAAUAACUUGUGUGCUUAUCAGCCCUGUCACAGGUUGGAGCGUGGCUGUGCUGUGUAUAAUACUCUGCUGCUACUGUUUUCUGAGCUAAUGCUAAUCCAUGCUAAUGCUCUGAACUGACAGUAGAGCAGCACCUCACAUACUUUACUGAUCUGAACUAACCUCAUAAGCUUGUAUUCCUCUCUACACAACUCUCUACUCACAAAGGAUGGAUAUGAACCAGAAGGUUAUAAUAACACCAUGUUUUAUUGAUUCUUUGAGUAGAUAAUUACAAUGUUAUGUGUGAAACCUUGAGUAUAAUGCACAGGAUUCUGAUAUGUAGCAGCUUUCAAAUUAAAACUAUGAUAACAUUAUAUGAAGACAUGUUUAGUGGACAUUAGCCUUCUACUCUCUGUGUCAGGCGGCACGUGACACUUCGGCUGAGAUGUCAGUUGUUGGAUUGGUCCAUUUGAGUGGUUCAGGAUGUAAUCUGAGUUUGCAGCCUAGCCAAUUUGCAUCAUGUAAAGGUAUCUGCUUAAUACUAUUUAAAAUACACUAAUAAUUCAGAAAAUGUUACUGCUAGAAUGAUUGAGCUUUAGUUAGGAUCAUCUCAGCCACUCUGAAAGACAACACAAUGUACACUUUGUUCUUUAUUUUCUUUAUUGAUGAUGCAUUUAUCUUCAGUUACUCAAAUGUCUUCUUCUCUUGCAAUUUUCACACAGUAAUGGGUGUAUUUUGAUCAAUGCCAUGUAAUCACUGUCAGACUGUCACCAAUAAAGUAUGUGUAUUUCAAAGAACA